CAUAUACGCACACUUGUGUCACUUAGCAAAAUUGGUCUUUGACAUUAUAAACCUCUGAAUGUUUAAUAGAUAAGUUGCAAAUAACCAGAGUACGAAUUUCAAGCUUAUACUUUUAGUUACCCUUCGAGUUGACAACUAUGGAGGUUGAAAACUUCGUUUCCAAGACCCUCGAGCUCCUGCAAGAAGAGAGAGAAGCUGAAUUAGAAGAAACACGAGCAUGGCAGGAGAAUUUAUCUCCCAAGAAUCUACAGCACAAAGGAGUGUUUCUGAUGAAACUUCAGAUCGGAAGCCAACAUACUGGCAUGUAUGGCAGACGUCUAGUAGUUUUUGAACCUAGGAAAUGUAUAGGACCCUCAGUUCUUCCCAGCAAUACCUUUGGACCUGGUGAUAUUAUAGGUUUGUAUCAGUCAGAGGGUCAGGGUCAGCCAUCUGAAUUGGGCUCAGGUGUGGUAACACGUGUUACCCAGGCGUCCCUGACGGUGGCUUUUGAUGAUACACAGGACAGUUUAAACUUGGACAGAGAUGGACUCUACAAUCUAAUGAAGCUGGCAAAUAAUGUGACCUAUAGACGACUGUCAAAGGCCUUAAAGUCUUUAAAUGGAUACAGCAGUGGUCCUGCAUCUUACCUGAUCAGUGUCCUCUUUGGUUACUCAGAACCAGGGAUAUUAUCACAUCAACAUGUUUUGGAAUUUAGCAACACUGGGUUAGAUAAUUCUCAGAAAGAGGCUGUGUCCUUUGCAAUGUCUCAGAAAGAUGUUGCAAUCAUACAUGGACCACCAGGGACUGGCAAGACCACUACAGUGGUUGAAGUAAUCCUGCAGGCAGUAAAACAAGAACAAAAGAUCCUUUGCUGUGCACCUUCCAAUGUGGCUGUUGACAACUUGGUGGAGCGCCUUGUGAAGAGCAAGGUCAAGGUUUUAAGAUUGGGUCACCCAGCCCGUCUGCUCGAGUCGAUUCAGAAGCACUCACUGGAUGCGGUCCUUGCGCACAGUGACAACACCAACAUCAUUUCUGAUAUUCGCAAGGACAUGGACAAAGCUUUUAAUGAAAUGAAGAAGGCUCGGGACAAAGGCCAACGUAGCAAUCUGAAACGGGAAAUCGGGGAACUGCGGCGAGAGCUGAGGACCAGGGAGGAAACGGCUAUCACUCAGAUCCUGAAAAGAGCCGAUGUUAUUCUAGCAACUAACACUGGAGCCUCUGACGAAGGUCCUCUCAAACAUCUUCCUAAAGAUCAUUUUGACCUGGUGGUGAUAGAUGAGUGUGCUCAGGCUCUAGAGAGCAGCUGUUGGAUCGCUCUGCUCAAAGCACGCAAAUGCAUACUGGCUGGGGAUUACAAACAGCUGCCACCCACGAUCAAAUCACAGAGUGCUGCAUCUAAAGGCCUGUCUGUCAGCCUAAUGGAGAGGCUAAUAAAGAAAUAUGGAGACUCUGUGGUUCGAAUGCUGACCACUCAGUACCGUAUGAACAGUGCCAUCAUGCAGUGGGCUUCAGAGCAGAUGUAUCAGGGAAAGCUGUUUGCACACCCUUCAGUGGAGAAACACUUGCUUAGAGACCUGGCUGGUGUUGCUGAUGUUGAGGAAACCAGAAUUCCCCUUCUGCUCAUUGACACUGCAGGCUGUGGCCUGAAUGAGAUGGAGGACACAGAUGAGCAGUCUAAAGGCAAUCAAGGGGAAGUAGACAUUGUGGCACUUCAUAUCAAAGCUCUUACUGAGGCUGGAGUUCAAGUCAAAGACAUUGCAGUUAUUGCACCCUAUAAUCUCCAGGUGGAUCUUUUGAGACAGAAACUGUCCCAUAAAUAUACAGAGCUGGAGAUCAAGUCUGUUGAUGGUUUUCAGGGCAGAGAGAAGGAGGCAGUGGUGUUGUCAUUGGUCAGAUCCAACAGGAAGGGUGAGGUUGGAUUUCUUACUGAAGACAGAAGGAUCAAUGUUGCUGUGACACGUGCCAGACGCCAGCUCACGGUAGUGUGUGAUACUCAGACUGUUCGAAACCAUGAUUUCCUCAAAUCCUUAGUGGACUAUAUGUCUGAACACGGAGAAUUUCAUACUGCCUUUGAGUACCUGGAAGACUGUGUGCCACAGAAUUACAUCCGUGAUGAAAAGGACAGACAGAUCAACGCCAAAGACUCUAUAUCCGUAAAACAGAAGCCCAAGAACCAAGGCAAGAAAUCAGAGCAGGAAUACAAGAAAAGUGCAAACAAUAAAAGCAGUGAAGCGAGUCAGUCCAGUGUUCAGACAGAUCAACGUAAAAACACCAAUUCGCUUCAUUUUAAACCCAAAGACGUCAUUCAAACACAAAACAAGAGAAAGGAGAUAAAGGAUCAGCUUCUGAACUUUUUGACAGACCCAAACAAGACAGAACUACAGUUUCCUUCCACGCUAAAUUCCCACGAGCGUCUACUGGUCCAUGAGCUCUCUGAAGAAAUGGGAUUGAGGCAUGAAAGCCAGGGAGAAGGGAAAAACCGUCGCAUAACUGUGUGCCGGCCUCCAUCAGGACCAGAGAAGCCUGUGAAGGAGCCUGAACAACCAGACAUGACCGGAUGUACAGCAGGAAAGAUACAAGAAGAAUCACAAAAAGCCUCUUCACAGGCAGCUAUUGAUUUGAAAAACCUACAUUUGGAGCGAAUGCGCCGGGAGCAGGAGAAACGAGAGGAGAAAAAACAGCAAAGCAUGAGACUGGAACCAGAUUUCAAUGCAAGUAAAAACCAGUCUGUUAAGAAAGCCAAAGCAACUUCCAAAGGAAGCAGUAAGAUAAAAGCAGGAGCCGUGGAUAUAGCUGCAGCUGCCACAGCUGAUGAUGAUUUUGACUCUCUGAUCGAUUCUGUGGUUAAAGCUGACAGCGUGUGUGCUUUUGUGAAGUGCAAAGCCAGCGUCCUCACACUAGGGCAGCUCUGCCUCUACUGUAACAGACAAUACUGUCUUAGUCACCAUAUACCUGAGGUUCACGGAUGUGGAGACAAAGCAAAAGCUCAGGCUAGAAUGAGGAUAAGUAAAGAAGGGGUGCUCUACGCAGGAAGUGGACAGAAGGACAAAUCAAUGGAUCCGAAUAAAAAAGCAUAUCUGCACAGAAAACUAGACUCUAAACUGAAAGAUAUGUCAUCUCAAAGAAAAACUAAAGUCAAAGACAAAGAGAACUGACAUUCUUGGAGACACUUGAUCAAUCUAAUGCUGUUUAAUUUAAAUGUGUUGGUUAUUUACCUGAAAAUAUGUAUAGAAAGAUUUCUAUGCUUUUAAGUUUGAUCUUUAACCAGAAGGGGAUUCUGGUAAGUUCCCACAUAAGGCUGAGAACAGCUGCUAUUUAUUGCAGAUCCACUCUGGCAUGGCUUAAUGGUAUGCAAAUGUACAAACACAAAGAUAAAACAUAAAGACCAGCCAAAUUUAAUUCUCCCAACUGGCACUGACAAUGAAAAGUGGGUUUAUGAAUGACAAUUGAGCUUGAAAUACCAAUAAUGCUAGUCUGAAAUCCCUUUACAAGAUUUGUGUCUUGCAGAAUUGUUGUUGGGAGCUUAGGUAGUUGCUCCACUUUCUCUCUCAGUGAUUGAUGCAUUGAUUAUUGAUGUCAGAUGUAAUC